AUGGACGGUCCACCACCGCCGCCGCCGCCUCAUGGAGAAAAUCCCCAUACGACUGAAGGAGAAUAUCGCAAAUCCUCAGACCUGCCAGAUGGCAACUACGACAUUUUUAUCAUCCCACCUCACUCCGCUGGCUCGGGCUUCCUCUACCUUCCUUCCCUGCAGUGCAACCGAAACAGUUUCCUAGCUGGCGUCGCAAGCACCCUCCUCGCAUGUUUUGUAUGGUCGUACCUCUCCCCGAUUGUGAAGGCUUGGUAUCUAGCCACGGUCACUAACGGCAAUGGUACGGGUAUGGCGGUACUUGGGAUCGGGGUGGGUGUCGCUGGAUGGCUUUUUGGCUCCACUCAGUCCAGUAGCUCGGGAGAUAAAGGCAAUGGCGGCGCACGUGGUGGGCGGUUCGGAUUUGGUGGCUUUGGUCGUGGUUCUGGGGGCUCGGGUGGCUCUAGGAACGCCGGUCCAAACACCAACCAACAGUCGUCGGGUGCCAAUUACGGCGGCAACGGGGCGGGUCAGCAAAGACAACAGGGAGGAAACUUUGGUGGAGGACAAACCCACGGCAACCAAUAUUCCGGUAAUCAAUAUGGCUCUGGUUCUCCUCCAAAGUCUGAUAAUAACAAACGUGAAAAGGAGGAGGCUGAAAAGCGCGCUAAUGAGGAACGUGCUAAGGAGGAGCGAGCUAAACAAGAGCGAGCCAGAGAGGAGCGUGCUCGGGAAGAACAUGCUAGAGCAGAGCGCGUUAGAGAAGAACGAGCUAAGCAAGAGCGAGCCAAAGCGGAACGUGCUAAGGAGGAGCGUGCUAAAGAAGAACGCGUCAAGGAAGAGCGUGCUAGAGAGGAACGGGCUAGGGAACGAGCCAAAGAAGAAGCCGAACGGGAGCGAGCAAAAGAAGAAACGAGACGCAAAGAGGAGCUACGCCGAAAGAUGGAGGAUUUCAAGCGCAAGCGUGAGGCAGAUGCCAAAGAAAAAGAGAAAAAGCGCGAGCGCGAAGCAAUGGAGAAAGAAUUACAGGAACGGCGCGAGCAGCUCGAAAAGGAGAUGGCUGCUGCUAGGGCCGCUGUAGAGAAGGAGGCACGCGAGCAACUGGAGAAGGAAGCCGCAGAGUCCCGCGAGAGACAGGCAAAGGCCGAAGCUGAGGCGAAGGCUCAACUCGAAAAGUUGGAAGCAGAAGCUAAAGAGGCGGCCGCUAAAGAAGCUGCUGAGCAAAAGGCUGCCGCAAAGGCCGCCGCUCAGAAAGAAGCUAUAGCCAAAUUUGCGGCGCUCAAGGAAGCAGCAAGCAAGAAAUACGCUGAGAAGAAGGCGCAAGACGCAAAGAAAGAGGCCGCUGCCAAACUCAAGUCAGCUAGUACUAGCAAUGUGCCUCGCACACCUUCUCCCAAGAAACCAGCACCCCACCCAACCACCAAACCUGCCAACGAUGACGAUGCGUACUCCUUUCGUCCCUACGACCGACCACGGCGGCCAUAUGCGGCUGGCUCAGUAUACUCCGAGUCUUCUUAUACACCUUCUCACUCGACUGCGCGCACAACACCUCCCCCCUCACAUCGCAGUACAUAUUCCACCAAGGAUCCAGACAAGAUUGUGAUCCAAGGUGUAUACGCCUUCAAUAAUGCCUUUAUGAAGACCCCAGUGGCGCAACUUGUCUCAGGCCAAGGUAUGAUCACCGAUGGGCUGGUGCUGCGCAUCACAACCGAAGGUCUCUUCAUCGACGAUGACCUACGCGGCAUCGGCCAGCGUGAGUGGGACGUCAAAGCAUGGACCAUCAAGCUGGCGGAGGUGUGGUGUCCACAGUUAAACUCUGCUCCAUCCGCCAAAAACGCGUCCGGCAACCCUUUCUCUUUCCGUCGUGGGAACAACGUUCCCACCAGCGAAGAAUCAGAGGCCUUCCUCGGCCACUUGCUUAAAGUAUGCAAAAAUACUUGCCGCCUAGCUUCGCGCAGUGCUACUGCCAGCCAUGAUGGUGGCCCUGUCCACCCGCCCCAGGGGUCUCGUUGUCUGCACAUUCUCCGCGCCAGUGUUCGUGACCAAGAAGGCAAGAAGUAUGUCUUUGUGCUGCAGGAUACUGAGGCCUGGAAGGUCGCUAUCGGUCUCCAGCGGCUCCGGGCUGGAGCUCUGGUCCGCUCGCUGGGUGUGUGCUCUCUGCCGGUCCCUGAUUGCAAAACUAUGCUCGGUGCUCUCGGUUAUGUUUGA